GUACAAAUGAUUUCAAACAGUUUUAGACAAAUGGUCAACCAAGUACAACAUUGAUUUCUUUUAUAUCAUUUACUAAGUAUGACUAGUUUUAAGUAAUUCAAUCCAUAAAUAAAGUUAAUGUAAUGUUUAUUCCGAUGAGUAACGCAAUGGAUGCAAUUAGCAAUAGUGAUGAAAAGACUGAAUGCGAUAGCAUCACGGCAGUUGAAUUACAAAAGUCGAGACGAGUAUUGUAUUUCAGCGAUGGAAUUAUGGAAGAGCUUUCCGAAAGUGAUGGAGAAGAAAUUGGACCUGAUAUAACAGACAAAAGUAUCAAUGUCAACCUUGAUAUCGCAUCUUUACCUCUAGGACAUCGCAUAAAAUAUCAGGCAUAUCAAAUGAGUAAUCGUUUUAUUAAUGGAAUAGAUUAUGUAGGCGAAGGCUUGGCUAGCUUUUUUGGAAUAACAACACCAAAAUAUAUGAGUGAGUCUGAUGUAGAAAAUGCAACAAAAGGGGAAUUAGAAAUAAGUGGUUUUGAUGAGGUUCGUCCCGAGAAUGGUGCAUGGUAUCACAAUAAUAAUACAAACACAAAUAUAGUGAUUACAAAGUACCCGUGAUAUUCUUCAAAUAUUUUUCCAUAAGUGAAAAAUAUAGUUUUAAUAUAGUUUUACAAAUAUAUACAUAUGUAUGUAUGAAUCAACCUAACCACUGAAAUGUACCUCAGUAAAAUAAAAAUAUGAGCAAAUUAAAAAUA